AUGCUGGGACAAAUCGGUCUGGCCUUUGGCUGCGUGAAUUACUUAUCCACUCCUGAUACAACUAACAAAACGCCGAGCGUCAGACAAAAGAUACACCCAGAAGAGAAUGCGUCUAUAGAAAAACUGACGUUACCACGAAAGGCGUCACCGGAAGACAAAACACCAUCGCCGAUUGAAACAAUACAACCGAAGAUAUCUCCUUUGCUAGCUGGAGAGAUCACACCAGCGAUAGAAUCGAGAACGAUGACGUUAUACGGAUAUAAUGCUGCCGCUAAGCUGCCCUUCGCGUUUUCUCACGCGCGCGAGCAACGGACUUGUCGAGGGGGGGAGAGGAGGAGCCUCCGCACGAUUCGGCCGAUGCCGGCAGGUCGGAUGGUGCGCAGCGCGUCUUCGGGCGCAGCUUCGCAUGCACCGCCCAUGCGCCUUGUAGAUCGCCAGCAUUCGCCAGGUCCGCACCUACUAGGAAGUUUCCUUUUCCAAUUCGAAAGGAUGUGA